GGUUCCUUCUCUCGCUUCUACACUUUCCGUGCUUUGCUGGCUUGCCAUUGGAACAUGAGCAUCUCCGCAUUUACGCAUUUACCCAUCCGUGACCGUCAGACGUGUAGUGUGUGCCUGUGUGGUCUGGUGGUAAUAAAUGGACGGAGGGCCGAGUUUCCAUGCACCAUUGAAAUGGGGCUUGAGGCCGCCAAUGUUCCCACUCGUGCUCAUGUGCUCCACGCACUUACGCCUCUUUAGGCUCCCCGGCCGAGGUGGUGGGGACGAUUUGCUACAUCCAGCAUCUCCACCCCUCCCAAAAUGAGGAAUGAAUGGCAC